AUGAUUGCCUCUGGAGGCGGCAGUGGCAUCGGCAGGGCCGUGUGUCAGAGGUUCGCCUCUGAAGGAGCUUCUGUAAUAGUGGCUGACCGCAAUGAGGAAUCAGCCAAUCAGACGCUGGAGCUGCUGUCACGUGACCUCAAAGGUCAGCAGCACAUGGCCCUGGGGGUGGACGUGUCAUCAAAGGACAGCGUGGAGAAACUAGUGACAAGUGUACAGCGCCGCUACUUCCAGCCGCCGUCUGUGUGUGUGAAUGCAGCCGGGAUCACGCAAGAUGAAUUCCUUCUCAAGAUGGAAGAAGAGGAUUUUGACAAAGUCAUUGAGGUUAAUCUCAAGGUACUGCAGUCCAGAGUCUAACUGUGGUGUUUAAUUAUGAACAUGUCACUAAUUACAGUCAUAGAAAUGACCUUUGAUCAGUGUUUUACAGAGUGUCUGAGAGCAAGAGGUGAUGGGGAAAAUACAUAUAUAUAUUAUUUUUCCAAAAGUAACACA